UCCUUUGUUUGAAUAAUUUUACAGCUCCUUAUGUAUCAGGUUACAGAAAUUGAGCAGCUGAAGGAGGGGUGUCACAUUGACAUAGUAUUAAAUCUAGAAAGAGGUAGAUACUAUUCAUUCUAACCGCUGAGACUGGGGCCACAAACGAAUAUACUGAGCUGUUCUAACACAGAGCACCCAGAGGCGGAUGGACAGUGCUAGUGCGCAGCCAAUCACGGUUCAACAAGGCAGAAAACGGAUAAUGCCAAAGGACAGCCGAAUGACACCUCCAGACAGCCAUCCAUGGAUGGUCUACAUCUCGACACUGUUUGCAUCCAUUCUGGCCAUGCUGAUAGGAUAUAACCAGGCCAUUAUCUCGGGGGCCAUGUUACUCCUUGUGGACAAGUUCCAAGUCGACACGUUGUGGCAGCAACUGAUCGCAACAUCCAAUACAGCCGGAUGUGCAUUUGCACUUCUUCUGGCUGGGUACCCUGUCCAAAGAUUUGGGAGGAAAAAGAUGAUCCUUGCUUCAAAUAUGUUGGCUUGUAUUGGCGCCAUCAUAUCAGCUGCAGCACCGACGAAAGAGGUGGUUCUUGUUGGGCGAUUCGUGUCCGGAAUUGGAGGAGGAGGUAUAUCCCUCGUCGUGCCAAUGUACAUAUCUGAAUGUGCCCCCGCGGACAUCAGAGGACGCCUGGGAUCUUUUACACAGUGUUUACUUACUGUUGGCAUAGUCCUGUCAUCAAUCAUAGCAGGUGCUUUCAGUGGAAUAGGGGAAUCGGGAUGGCGAUGGAUGUUCGCAUGUCCCUGUGUGAUUGACGUUGUGCACUUCGUGGGAUUUCUCUUCCUCCCGGAAAGUCCCCGGUGGUAUAUGGACAGAGGAAGAGAGAAAGAAACAGAAGAUGUCCUCAAACAAUUGAGGAAUAACCCGGAUGAAAUCGCCAAGGAACUCGAAGACAUGAAGAGAACUGUAGCAGAAGGGAGGCGGCUGAAAUUUGAUAAAGGACAAGGUUCCUCUGUCGUCGCUCGGGUGAUCAAAACGCCCCCAGUCCGCAGAGCUCUGAUACUUGCAAUGGCCCUGGCUUCGAUAACUCAGAUCACAGGGGUGUCACCAAUCAUAUUCUACUCGGGGACUAUACUCAAAAGAGCUGGAUUCUCCGAUGAGCUUGCGAUAUGGAUGACGUCAAUACCUAGUGCAAUAAUGGCUGCCUCAGCCUUCACUGCCACACUGUUAGUUGAGAGGCUAGGACGCAAACAUCUGUUUCUUGGAGCCCAGAUAGGACAGCUGAUUGCCUUGAUUGUUCUUGGACUUGGCUUCUUUCUCUCCGCGAGUCAUUCUCCCGUCGUUAGUGAUGACAUUCAGAGAACCAUCAAUAAUGCUACAACCACACCCAUGUGUAAUUUCAGAACAUGUGAGCAAUGCAUCGAUUCUUCACAAUGCGGCUUCUGCUACGACGUCCUCUCAAGAGCCUCGUGUGUCCCCGUGUCGGUAAACGGCAGUGCUACAACAGGGAGAUGUUCUUCCGCCAGCUCUUUUAACAGCUCCGACUUUACCCUGGUGACGCAAGCUUGUCCCAGUGACUAUAAAUGGUUCCCUGUGAUUGGCUCCUCCCUUUACCUGGCUGUAUUUGGCGGUGGUUGUGGCGUCAUCUUUGUUGUGAUAGCUGAAGUAUUUCCUCUCUGGGCACGCGGCACAUGCAGUUCAAUAGCUACUUCAACUUUGUGGAUAUCUCAGAUAGUUGUCAGUGUGACCUUCCUGUCAUUGGCUGAAGCCAUCACGGCCUACGGUGCGUUCUGGCUGUAUGCAGGGGUCGCCCUACUUUCUGCUGUUUACAUAUCCAUAUUCAUGCCGGAAACACGAGGGGUGCGAUUGGAGGACGUUGACCAGCUGUUCAUGACGCACGACGAGAAGAAUGUAUUGCGUAAAACAGAAGAGGAAACUGAAUUGAACGAAAAUGCACCAGCUGACAGAAUGCUUUAAAUAACAACACAAUCAUAGGAUUGGUUGGUUGGUUUGUUGUGUAACGCUGCACUCAGCAAUAUUACAGCUAUAUGACGUCCGUCUGUAAAUAAUCGAGUCUGGACCACCCGAUCCCGUAAGUUGCCUCUUACGACAAGCAUAGUCGCCUUUGAAGGCAAGCAUAGGUUGCUGAAGACCUAUUCUACCCCGGAAUCUUCACGGGUUACUAUCAUAGGAACCCAGCCCACAAACUACAAAGCUUACAUAGACUCUACAUGGCUAUAACGUUGUGUCAAUGGGACAUGCUAGUUGAUUCAUACUGCUUCAGAUUUUCUCUCUCUUUGUUCACGUUGUAAAUUUAGUUAUUGUUUGUCAACAAACAUAUAUUACACUUUAUUCAGGUUA